ACCACACCACCAGUCAAUCUCAACCUUUCCCCCCUAAAAUAUGUUUUAACGGUGUCGCUGAUGUCCUUCCUCCCCAAUAAAUUUUAGCCUCCCAUUAUUAUUUUUUGUUAUUUUUUUUUCUCAUUUUUUUCUCUUUUUAGACCAUUUUCCUAGAUUUUGUUUUAUAGACCCAUUUCUCUGAAUUCUUUUUCGAUCUAGUUCUUUUUUUUUUUCACCGAAUCCGAUUUAGAUCGGAUUCAAAAAUGGCGGCAACGAGACGGUUACGCGGCCUCCAAUCGCAGCCAGGUAACAGAACUUGCGUCGAUUGCAACCAAAAGAAUCCCCAAUGGGCUUCGGUUUCCUACGGUAUUUUCAUGUGCUUAGAAUGUUCCGGGAAACACCGUGGCUUAGGUGUCCACAUUUCAUUCGUCCGAUCCGUUACCAUGGAUUCAUGGUCCGAGAUACAAAUCAAGAAAAUGGAAUCGGGCGGUAACGAGGAUCUCAAUGCUUUUUUGGCUCAAUACGGGAUUCCGAAAGAAACGGAUAUCGUUACCAAAUAUAAUUCUAAUGCUGCCAGUAUUUAUCGCGAUCGUAUCCAAGCCCUAGCUGAGGGCCGCCCAUGGCGGGAUCCACCUGUUAUGAAAGAGACUCUCAACGGAGGUUCUGGUAGUAGAAAGCCUCCGUUGAGCGGUGGAGGUAGCAGGGACAGUAAUUAUGCAAAUAAUAAUGAAGGGUGGGAUAGUUGGGAUAAUGACGAUUCUUUUAGAUCUUCGAAUGAUAUGAGGAGGAACCAAUCGGCGACUGAUUUUAGAGGAGGGAAUAAACAUGGAGGUGCUCCGAUGAGGUCGAGGUCCACGGAGGAUAUAUACACGAAAUCCGAUUUGGAGGCUUCGGCGGCUAACAAGGAGAGCUUUUUUGCGAGGAAGAUGGCAGAGAAUGAAUCUAGGCCUGAAGGGCUACCACCUUCUCAAGGAGGGAAAUAUGUUGGGUUUGGAUCGAGUCCUAUGCCUACCCAGAGGAAUGAUGAUUCUCAGGGGGAUGUGCUCUCCGUUGUAUCUCAGGGGAUUGGGAUGUUAUCAUCAGUAGCUGCAUCCGCAGCCCAAUCUGCUGCAAGUGUUGUCCAAGCAGGAACGAAGGAGUUCACCUCCAAGGUUAAAGAGGGUGGCUAUGAUACCAAGGUUAACGAAACUGUCAGCGUUGUCACUGCAAAGACAACUGAGAUUGGCCAUAGAACAUGGGGGAUCGUGAAAGGAGUCAUGGCAUUAGCUUCACAAAAGGUAGAGGAGUACGCAAAAGAUGGCAUGAACUGGAAAAAUGAUAACUGGCCGCAAAAUGAAAGUGAGAAGAAUGGACAUCAUCAGGGCUCUAACCAGGGGAAUAAAGGAUGGAAUUCUACUUCUGGAGGACAACCCUCCUCUGGUGGGAAUUCUAACUCUCGUACCUCAAGUUCUUGGGAUGACUGGGACACCAAAGACAACAGGAAGGAAGGUACUACAGAGGUGACUACUUCUCAUAGCAAUGAUGCUUGGGCUGGUUGGGACGAAGCCAAGGAUGAUGGAUAUGAUAAUUUCUAUAAUGGCACAUCUAAUAAAAGAGCUGUUGGUGACAAUGGAAAAUCAGAUGUCACAUGGUCGGGUGGAGGCUUUCUUUAAGUCAGGUUGAACUUGAAUUAUGUUAUAGUUAUAUUAAUUACCAACAAAGGGUCACAAGCGCACAAUUGAUUUUUAUUCGGACAAUGCAUACGGGGUUUGGAUAUAACUUAAUAGAGCUGCUAAGAAAAUUGUUGGUGAAUUAGAUCUCCAAAUGAAGGGGAAUGCUUUUCGUGAAGUUAGUGUAUCUUUAGCAACUCUUUUACCUGUUUUUUUUUUCUUCUUCUGUUUUGCUCUUAUCUUUCAAAAGAUUUUACUAAUGUAAUUUCUUACGUAAUCUUCAUGUUUGAAAGUAGUUUAUAUUUGUAAAGCUGUGGACAGAAAAUGCUAAAUUUGCCCAAAUUGGGAAGAGGAUUGGUUGUAAGUAAAAACAUUAUUUGUGAAAUGAAAUUCAAAAUUGCUUUUGAUA